AUGUUCAAAUCAACCCAAGCACUAUUCGGCGGUCUUCUCUGGAAGACCCCGUGGCGUCUCUCCUCCCCUCAGAAGGCACGACAGCGCAAGCGCCUGCGCAACGUGGAUCGGGUCGUCGACACCGUCAGUGCUGCACUCGAGCGCAAUGGCCAAACCUCCAAGGCUGUGACCCGGUGGUUUGCGGAGAUGCCGCGCGAGGAGGAAAUGCUGCCCAAGGACAAAUACACUCUCUUCGAUAAGAAGGAGAAGAGCUACCGGAAGAGCAUUCACAAGCUCCCCAAGUGGACUCGUGUCAGCCAACGUGUCAACCCUCCCGGUUUCUAA